AUGCGGCAGAGGCCCAUUGAUGUCAACCAGACUACCGUCUUCGUCGAUACGCAACCACGCCCGGUCAACUGCGGCGCGGUGCCGAAACGAAGAUUCCAAAAGGGGGUUGGAUGGCCAGACGGCGGCGGCAGCGAGGGAGAUCAGAUGACGGAGGGCCGUGCGUGGAGCCUCUUGGGGGUGGCGGUGAUGCUGCUACUCGGAGGCGUCUACCUGGUUCGCGGCAACCAGUACGCCCAUCUCCAUCGGCAGAUCCAGGAGGCGUACUUCAUGUGUAGUAACCACAUAGCGACAACCACCUUCCGAUCACCAUCCGCCUUCCGCCUUCCAACAUACCUCCAAGAGUGGGAGGGGCCAGUCCGGGACAGCUUCGCCGCCACCAGCUGGGAGCUGCACGUGCAUGGACUGCUAGACAAACCGCUGCCGCUGCAGCCCAGAUCCUGGCCAUCGAAGCGCGUCCUGGUACCCCCUGGUACCUCGAAAUUCAACUCCAACUCGAACGGGAAGGAAGCAGUCGCAGUGGCGAUUGAAACCACGGACGAAGGAACCUCGGCCGCCGCUGCCGCCACUGGCAGGGAGGCCGUGCACAACCGGCUGUGGCGACCCGUGGGUCCGGAGCUGCGGCGGCCGGCGGCCAUGACACUGGUCGGCCGAGACCAUCUCACGGGGGUGGAGUGGCGGGUGGAUCUGGGCUCUGUGGUGUUCACGCGGGAACGGACGGUACCGGCAGGCGGCGAGGGUCGCUGCAUGUACGACGAGCGCGGGGUGUGGCAUGAUGACGACACAUGUUCCGUACAUGAGUACCUGUGGGGGCUGUGCGUCAAGGUGGCUCGCAACGCGGCCACGGGGGCCUUCUCCGUGGACAACUCCACGGGGGGCGGUCCGGGCUGUGGUCCGGAGUGGGGCUGGGAGGCGGGGCAGUGGCGACGGCUGGACGAGCGGCGGCACAGCAUCAAUGGCCGGGUGUACCUGCCGAUGUCCGCACGCAAUGCCACGAUUGUGACAGUCAGACACGCCAGUGACCCCGCCAUCCGGGAGAGCGACAUGGUCCGGCGACUGGCCCCCGGAGUGGAGCAGCAGAUCCUCUUUCACGCAGUGGGCCUGGCGAUGUGCUUCCUGGGGCUGGUGCUGCUGCUGUCGGUGGCGGCCUUCGCGGCGCCCACGUUUCUGCGCCGGGGCCGACGGCUGCUGCGGCGCCGGGGGCGAGGGAGCAGCGGCUACGGGGAGGGUGAAGAGGAGGGGGCCAUGCGGCGCUGGGCGUGA